AUGCUGAGGGAGCUUGUCCAGAGAUGGGUAAACCAUAAGGUGUUGGUUAGGUGGCUUUCACGCUUUUUCCAUUAUCUUGAUCGCCACUUUGAGGCGCGACGCUCCCUGCCUCCACUCAAUGAAGUUGGGUUCUAUGCCUUCCGUGAUUUGGUUUACAUGGAGGUGCGAGCUAAUGCUAGUAAAGCUGUGAUUACUAUUGUUGACAAAGAACGCGAGGGCGAACAAAUUGAUAGAUCGUUGUUGAAAAAUAUUCUUGAUAUAUUUGUCAAGAUCUGUAUGGGUGAUAUGAAGCAUUAUGAAAAUAAUUUUGAGGUCCAGAUGCUUGAGGAUACUGCCGAUUACUACAGAAGUAAGGCUACAAUCUGGAUUGAGUCCGACUCCUUCCCAGAUUACAUGCUAAAGGCUGAGGAUUGUUUGAGGCGAGAGAAAGAGAUAGUGUCUCGUUAUUUGCAUGCUAGCACUGAGCAGAAACUGGUAGAGAAAGUGCAACAUGAAUUGCUGGUAAACCGUGCUAAUCAAUUACUCGAGAAGGAGCAUUCGGGAUGCCGUGCCUUACUUAGAGAUGAUAAGGUGGAUGAUCUCUCUAGGAUGUAUAGACGUAACCAUAAAAUACCUAAAGGACUGGAUCCUGUUGCCAAUGUAUUCAAGCAGCAUAUUACAGAUGAGGGUACAACUCUAGUUCAACUGGCUGAAGAAAGUUCUUGCAAUCAAAAAAACUACAAGCGGUUCUGGCGUUCAGGAUCAAGUCCUUGUCAGAAAAUUCAUAGAGCUCCAUGA